CAGGGCUCGUCGGCGAUCUGGCAGAAGAAGAUGCGGACCUACCACCGGGUGAUGGACGUCAACAAGGACGGCACGGUCAGCUGGGACGACUUCCAGGACAUGGCGCGCAAGUUCGCCGAGCUGGGCCACCUGUCGGAGCAGCAGCAGGCCGAGUUCGUCGCGCAGCUUAAGUUUGUGUGGGAGAAUAACUGGGGCGCCUCGGGUGACCCGUACUGCUUUAUCACGGAGGAGGCGCUGCUCACAUCCAUGGAGCACGUGGUCAACACGCGCGACCUCAGCAAGAAGACGGACCAUUUCCUACCCUACCUGUUCAAGGCGGUCGACUACAAUGCCAGCGGCGACAUCUCCGUGGACGAGUACAAACUGCUCUUCAAGUGUCUGGGCUUGACAGAGGAGGACGCCGUCGUGUCGUUCAACUCGAUCGACGUCAACGGGGACGGCACCAUCACGCUGGACGAGUUCGUGGCGCACGGCAAAGACUUCUUCCUGACUGAGGACGAAACGCGGCCUUCUAAGUUCUUCUGGGGCCCGCUGACCCAGUAGCCGUCUGGCGGUGCGGUGCCGAACCCGAGGUUGCGACCGGCGCCGCCAGGGUCGCUCGUGGCAGGGAUUGUAGUGGAGCAGGUAUGGAGUGCUCGACUGCUUGUGACUUGCUGUAACUGCAGUCCGAUUGAGCAUCUUGUGAAGGCUGGGGCUGGUCACAGAUGUGGUGGAAACAAUGUUAUCCAACGGUUCAACCGUGCUCUGAUAUGCGAUAUGUUGGCGCUGGUAUGCUCACGGCGGUAUUGAUUUUCGGCUUACUGUCGCCACGUGGAUAAUCGGCCGGCCGGCUGGCUACGUUUUGGAAAUACCCGUGCCUUGUCGCACUUAAGUUGGCUUGGCAUUGCGUGAUCCAUGUGUGCCGACAGGCUCCCGGUGUUGCGUCAGACUGUCCGGCGAGCGUAUCCGUGAGCCAGUCGCUGAGGUGAGGGCGUUAGGCCGGCGGCCGUCCCUGCCGCGCUAAAGGGGGCCGCCGCCCAUGCUUCUUUGUACUGGCGUGGGCUGCCGUAGCACGGAUGGGGUGUGUCAGAGUGGGUGUAGAAAUAAAUAAUUUCGCAUAA